AUGCAUCUGUCUCUUUUCUCCCUCUUCUCCCUGCUCUCUGCCUCAACACUAGCAACCGCAGCAUCCGCCGCCCGUCAUCUCACCAUCACCAUCCCUCCCUCGACCAUCCUCCCCAACCCGAACGUCCUUCCUGCCAAUACCCAUGCGACUCUCACUACUUUCACGAAGAACACAAACGACGACCACCAUUUCACUGCACCCCUCUCCCGCUCCGCAACCUUCAACUUCCACCACCUCCCCGCCUCCUCGCAGCCCGAAUCCUACCUCCUCGACAUCCGCUCCCCGGAGUAUGUGUUCGCUCCCCUUCGCGUCGACGUCGCUGCCGAUGGCUCUGUCUUGGGUAUCUGGGAGACCUUUCGCGGGAACCCGUGGGAUAACCGCGGCGCGGAGAAGUUCGUCUUCGAUGCGAGUGCUCCCCGCGGUGGUAACAGUGGAGCUGAAGAAGCUGUAAUGGUUGAGGCGAAGGUUCUGGCCCGGAGAGGCUUUUAUGAGGAGAGGUCGAAGUUCUCUCCCCUGGCUUUGUUCAAGAACCCCAUGAUCCUGAUGGCUUUGGUGGCUCUCGGUUUCACCUUUGGAAUGCCCAAGUUGAUGGAGAAUAUGGACCCCGAAAUGCGCGCCGAGUUCGAGAAACAGUCUCGCUCUUCUCCCAUCGGAGGCGCAACCAGAAGUGCUAUGGCUGGUGGCGGGGCUCCCGGGAACUUCGACCUGGCUGGCUGGAUGGCCGGUGCCACUCCUAGACCCGGUGCGUCUGGUGCAGAAGCUGCGACUGAGGGAGCGGCUGCUACAACGGGCCGGGAGGGCGGUGGUGCGUCGCGGAGAAGGGGUUGA